AUUUUGAAUUUGGCGCAAGACGGACGUGUGCGAGUGAAGUUGGCCGACGAACGUUGAGUGUUGAACGAAUUUUUUGGUCAAAACAAAAAAUAUUUUUUUUUUGAAUUUUGGCUAAUAAGAAACAAGAAGAAAACAAAAGAAAAAAAAAAAAUACAAGAAAAACAAAAAUAAACGAGUGUUGUGGAUAUUGUUGUUGCUGAUUUGAGGAAUACAUUAAUCUCUCAAAUAGUGGUCGUUGGGUGUUCUUAAAAUAAGAAUUCAAAAAUAAAAGAUUUUCUAUUCGGAACGUUUGAAUGAAAGCAAUUUACACAGCACCACCGAAACGAAAGAGCUACUAAUUCCCCAAAUUGUCCCCUAAUCACCAACAGGAGAGCUAGUAACUCUCUUCCAUUUUACCAAACUCCAACCAAUUUAAGUCCAAUUAUUAAAUUAGUUAUUGAAAUCGGAGCAUAGUAAAAGCCAAGACAGCAUAGCUUUCAUCAUGGGAGCCACAAAGCCCAGAGUCAAUAAGACUCUUAUAUCCCUCAAGGUCGUGGCAUUCUUUGUUUUGAGUGGUCUCACCGCGUUGCACAUUGUGAACAGCCAGAAACCCUUGAAAUUGGGUCUCUAUUUCUCCGAGUAUCGUGAGAUUACAAUUAUCGCCUCCUUUGUGGCGAUUAUAGGACCUCUAAUUGUUGGCCCCUUGGCCGAUCGGGUAGCGGCCAAAAAUCCCAAUAGCUUUGGUCGUUUCCUACGCAUUCUCACCGCAAUCUGCCUGAUUAUUACGAGUAUAAUUUAUGCCUGUCUUAUUGCGGUGCCGAAUGUGGCUCGUCAGGAGGAUCAUUUGCCUCCAGUGAGUUUUGCCUGCGAUUCCAAUGGUGCGGUGAUGUUCCAGGAAAGUUGUGGCGGUGAAUCCAGCUGUCGUCAUUGGGAUAAGAAAGUUGGUAGUUUGGAUCUGACCAAUUGCACGUAUACCUGUCAAAAUCCCAAUCAAUAUGAGAAUAUGUACACCCCUUGGCUGGAGAGUAUACCCACCCCCUCGCCAUCGACGGAACAUAGUUCGGAGUUUGAUUAUGAAGAUGAUGCCUCGACAGCGGUUACGGAGAGUUUGCGUUCCAGGCGUAGUGCUGAGCAGUCUGGGGAAUUUGGAGGUGGAGAAUUGAUUAGUGCUGAGGUAAAUGCCAGGAAGACAAGGGCCGCCAAAUCGGCUCCAAGUAAGGUAUAUGUCGAACCACCUCACAUCUGUAUGACCGCCAAGGAUGAGAGUGGUAAUGAUUAUAUUAAGAACUGUCAUGUCUAUACGGAUGAUACGGUGAGCAUUAAUGUCCACACUGUCAUGCAUGCUGCCACAAAUGUCGAGAAUGAGACUCAUUCGGCGGAGUGGUGCCAUUAUCCUUUGGAGGGCUUCCAGUGCCACAUACCCACACAACAGGUCAACUACAUGCUGGAGGUCAAGAAUGGUUCCGACUGCACCCCCAUGAUUGAGUGCCAGGUGAGGAAUCCCUAUCACACCAAGGGUGGUCUGAUGGCCCACACCGAAUGUGUCAGCACUGCGGGAGAUAUUGAUGUCACCAUGGGUGGCUACAUGGCCAUUAGGAUUUUGGGUGACAUCUUUGCCCUGGCCUCGUUUACCCUGCUCAACACCGCAAUUGUGAUUGCUGUACGUGAAACCUCCGAGGGACGUGGUGAAGUGUGUCGCCAAUAUGCCUGGGGUGCUGUGGGCUAUGUCCUUCUCUUCAGUCCCCUUAAAUUGAUCUUCGAUGACAUUGAUGGAGUGGAUAUUGUCCUAAUUGUCUUGAUCAUCUGCUUCCUGAUUGGUUCUGCUGUCCUGCUGUUUGCCUCUCAAAUGCCUUUGAGUCCUCCCGAGUGGUGGUGGCACACCAAGACCGGCAUGCUGGUAUAUCCCAUGUCAGCCAUACGAAAAUAUAGCCCGGAGAUAUUUGUCCUGACCCUGGUGGCCAUUUUGUUUGGUACCUUCUGGGGUAGCAUUCAUGCCUAUUUGUAUUGGUCCUUCAUUGGCGAGUAUGCAGUCUAUUUUGGCAGUUUGCUGCUGGUUUUGGUACUCUUCCUGAAUGUGGAUAAAUUCAUUGAAUACUGUGGCCAUUCGAACAUAUUCAUUGCCGGUUUUGCCAUGUAUAUCAUCCGUUUCACAGCCUUUGCCAGUGUGGACACUAAAUGGUUGACGAAUCUAAUGGAAAUCUUUGAACCCGUCAUCAUUGGCAUUAUUUGGAUCACCAUUAUCCUGUAUAUGCGUCAUGCCAUGCCACGCAAACUCACAGCCACAGGCCAGGCCAUUGCCAUUGUGGCUUUCUUUGGUCUGGGCAAAGGUUUUGGGGCCCUCAUCAGUUUGGUCCAUGAAGAUGAGUCUAGUUUCUACACCGAAGAUGAUUGCAUUAAAUUCGAAUGGUUGGCCGUGGUGGCCUGCAUUGUGGCCCUUACCUAUUUUGUCAUUUACAAUCUGAUAUUGGCUCCCAGAUGUGCAGCCAAACCGGUCCAUCUCGAUGAUCUUAUGUCUGGCUCAGCCUCCCAAACGUUUGCCAAUGGUGCGGGUGGCGGCGGUAAUGGCAGCACCGCCGGUGUGUUAAAUGCUCCCGGCAAUGGCAAUGGCAGCAGUUAUUCCCCGCUACGUGUGUACCACAAUGAACGCGGAAAGAAGGGACAAUUUAGAUAUUAAAUAAUAAUUUAAUAAUUAAGACCAGAAAGAAAACAAACUAUUUAAGCUACAGAAUGCAAACCAUCCACCCAUACACUCAGAAACAUACAAAACAUACAAACCAACAAAUACACACACAUACACAGAGACCACCAAUACAUUAAAAUAAGAAGAAAUAUUUUUUUUUUUUGUUUUUUAAGAUUUUAAAGAGGGAAAAAAUAAGUUAGAGAAGGAGGUCAAGGAAGUCGAUAGGCGCUCUAUAUAUCUCAUAUAUCUCAAAAAAAUAGGUUUCAGGAAAACUUCCUUUAGAAAACAAAAAUAGAAAAGCUGCAGGAGGUCUUCUGUUCCUAAAAAAGCUUCAAGAUAAAUAGAAAAGCUGGAGUAGACUUUUAAUCUAUCGUAGAAUUUUCAGGAGGGGUUUUGUACCCAGGCAAGGUGGAAGACGGUUUUUAUCUAUAGAAUAGAAUAAGAGAGCCAAAGAGAGAUACUUUUCAUCUAUGGAAGAGCUUCAAGAGCUUUUUUUCUUUGAGACGAGCUUUAUCAGAUUUUCUAUUUUAAAAAGGCGUUAUGAGCCCUUUUAUUUUUAAAAGAGCUUCAAUAGCUUUUCUUUCGAAACAAGAGCUUUAAGAGCUUAUCUAUUAUUUUAUUUAUUUAACAAGUUUUUCCAUUUAAAGAAGAGCAUCAUCAGCUUUUCCAUAUGGAUAAGGCUUUAUAAGUUAUUGUAUCUAUGGAAAAGCUAUAUACGGACUUCUAUAUAUAGAAAAGCUUUAUGAGAGUUUUAUUUUUCCUUAAAAUAACUGUUUAACCUUUUCUAUCUAAAAAAGCUUUUUGAACUCUACUAUCUAUUGAUAAGCUUUAUGUGCUUUUUCUGUCUAUAGAACUUCAGAAAUGUGGCAACCUUGGAACGUGGAUGAGGUCCCCCUACAUGUAGAAGUUUCAAGAGAUAUAUUAUCUAUAGAGGAGGAUCUAAAGGAAUAAAAGUUCUCCAGGAGGCUUCCUGUCUACAAAAACUCUAAUGGAGAUUCUUAGACACGCUUUUAUCUAUAAGGUAGCUUUGAGGACUACCUUAUCCAUAGCAGCUUAGAAAUGUUAAGGAGCUUCUCCAGAUCUUGCAUCCAUCCAAAGCUUCACAAAAUCUUCUAUACAUACAAAAGCUUCUGAAACCCUUCUGGCCAUAAAAUCGUUUGGGUAUAAAAAAGCUUCUAUCCAUGAACUUUUUUAGACAUUGAAAGCUUACAAAAACUUCUUAAAAUUUAGUAGAGAUUCGCGACAUACAAAAUUGCUUUCAGAGCUCCUGCAUUUUUAGAAGAGCUUUAGGAGCUCUUCUAUUUAUGAAAGAGCUUUCCUGGGAUAACAUUAUAUUUAUAGAAGAGCUUUCAAAGCUGCUAUAUUUUUUAAAAGCUUUAGAAUCCCAUUUAUCCAUCGAUAAUAUUCAGGAGUUCUUCUAUACACAGGAGAGCUUGGAAAGCUCUUCUAUAGCUGGAAGAGCUUCUGAAGUUCUGCUAACUACAGAUAUGCCUCAGGACCUCUUUUACUGAUGCAAGAACCUCAGGAAAACUUGCAUCUGUAGAAACACCUAAAAAGCUCUCGAGGCUCUUUUUUAGCUAGUCGAGUUUUAGAAGCUCUUCUAACUACAUAUGCGACCCUGGACCUCCUCACCUACAUAAGAUCGCCAGAAAAUCUGCAGAAAAGCAUCAAAGGUACCUGGGGGUCUCAUAUAACUAGACGAGAUUCCGAAACUCAUCUAUCCAUUAAAGCGUAGUAAGGUCUUAAUAGCUCAUCUGUUCGUAAAAAGCUUCAUAACUUCAUAUUUUUAUAAAAGAGCUGUAGAAGUUAUUUUAUUUAGAGAACAGUUUUAGAAGCUCUUUUAUUUACAGAAGAGCCUUAUAAAAUCUUCUAUUUACAAAAGAGCUUUUAAAGCUGCUAUAUUUUAAGAAGAACUUUAAAAUCUCCUUUAUUCCAUUUGUGGUAUUCAGGUGUUUUUCUAUACACAGUCGAGCUUCGAAGAUCCCCAGAAAAUCUGCAGAAAGGUUUCAGAGGUUCCUGAGGUUCUCCUAUAGCUUGAAGAGAUUCUGAAGCUCAUAUAUCUAUUUAAGCGUAAUAGAAUUUCCUUUAAGCAUAGAAGGGUCCUAGGAACUUUUCUGUCUAUAGAGGUUUUUAAGAUCUCUUCGAAUUUACGAACAUAGCUUUUUAUACCCAAAAACACCCCCAAGAGACUUUCUGUGAAUAGAGGGGCCAUAAUAGGUUUCCGGUGAAAAGAAGACGCUUAAGAGAGAUGAGAGGGCACCGAAGAUAUAUUUUUGAGAAUUGAAGAUCCUCAAUAGGCCUUCUGUGAAGAAAUGAAAACCCGAGAGGCUUUCAAAAAAUAUAAGACUCCUAACAGGCUUUCAAUGAAUAUCCACCCUUAAGAGCUGGUCUUUGAAUAGAGGACCACCAUUGUUCCAUUUUCAGAAGUGAAGAACCUAAAGAAUACUUCCAUCUGCCGAAAGACCUCAAAAGCUUCCGAAGCUCUUAUCUUUCUAGUAGAGUUUUAGAACCUUCUAAUUACAUAUGGGUCUAUGGACCUCCUCUUUCUGCCCAGGUCCCCCGAAAAUCUGCAGAAAGGCUUCAGAGGUUUCUGAAGUUCUCCUAUAGCUAGAAGGCUUUCUGAAGCUCAUCUAUCUGUUAAAGUUUAACAGGGUCGAAGGAACUCUUCCAUAAGUAGAAGAUUCCAGAAAAUCUGCAGAAAUGCGUCAUCGGUUUCUGAGGUUCUCCUAUAGCUAAAAGAGUUUUUGAAGUUCAUCUAUCUGUUAAAGUUUAACAGGGUCGAAGGAACUCUUCUAUAAGUAGAAAUUCUUUAAGAUUUCUUCUAAUUGACGAACACAAACUUACCCCUCUGUGAAUAGAAGGCCCAAAAUAGUUUUCCGGUGAAGAGAAGACCUUCAAAAGAUGAGAUUGCCCAGAAGAUAUAUUUGAGAAUUGAAGAUCCUCAAUAGGCCUUCUGAAAAAAAAAAACUCCGAGAGGCUUUCAGUAAAUAUAAGACUCGUAAGAGGGUUUCAGUGAAUAGCCAUUCUUAAGGCAUGGUCGGAGAAUAGAAGUCCACCGUUCUUCCAUUUUUAGAAUGGAAAAACCUCAGGUGGUCCUUUGUGAUUAAAAACCCUCAAGAAGUUUUCCAUGAGUAAAAAAAAUACUCUCAAUAUUCAUUCUAUAACCGGAGUCUUUGGAAGGAGUUUUAUGUAUUCAAUGACCCCCAGAAGUCUACAAAGAGAAGAAGACCUGCAAAAAUCCAAUGGAGGGUAAAAUUUUUAUAGAAGACCGUCCGAAAGAACUUUAGAGUUUCGACUUCUUUGACUUCUUUCUGUUAUUUUGAGAAGAACGUGAUGUUAUGCGCUUUAUUUUUUGAAUGCUAUGCACCGGGCAAUGUUGGCCCUGUAAUAUUAAUGAGACAACCUCCCAUAAAACAAUUCUGGGACGAAUUGCUAUACUAAACUAAAAUUCUAAAUCUUUUUUACAUUUAAAAAUAAAAACACAAACUAAUUUUUUGAACUGUUACAAUUUCAAUAACGGAACUUAAGAUAUUUUUUAUAGUUGAUUUUUUUUUUUAAUAAAAAAAUAGCAACCCCUCUCCCCGUUUUUGUGAAAGAAAAAUAACCAAAUACCCCAUAUUUCCCCCUAAAACAGUAAAAAAUGAAAACCCCACAAUCAAACAACCAGAAAACAUCUAUUUGUGUUCAAAUAGUCUGCCAUCUAUAAUAUUUUUUUAUUAUUAUUAUUACUUUUAUUUUUUUACAAAAGAUUUUUUUACAAGUUAAUUAUUAUUUUUAAUGGAUAUAUUUUUUGUGUAUUUUAUUUCCUUUUUUACCAAACUAAUAAUUAUAGAAUUUCGUUUUUCUGUUCUUAAAUAAGCUCUACAAUUUAAGUAAUAAUUAAAAUAAAUAAAUAAUGAAAAAAAAUAAACCUACCAAACAGACAAUUAAUACCAAUCUCUUUGAGAAUAUAAAAUUACAAAAAAAAAAAAGAAAUCAAAUAUUUUUUAUAUACAAAACUCUAUUUUACUGGCAUUGGAAUUUUUGACAAAUAAAUUAAAAAUAUCACAUUUUUACGCCUCGAAAGAAAAGUGGGAAAACCCAAAUUCAAAGCUAUAUAUGUAUGUAUGUAUUUUUUUCCAAAUAUAUGUAUGUAUGUCCAAUGGAAAUAUGAAAAAAAAAACAACAGAAACAAAGCAAGCAACUUGUAAUCAGUAUCUAAAUCGCAGAAAUUUAUUAAUUGUUAAGCUCAUUAUAAAAAAAGAAAACAAAAAGCAAAAAUUUAUGAAAAAUAAAAAUAAAAUUUUAAAUAAAAAUCUAUUUCAAAUGAAAUAAAAA